AUGUCCAUUCCCCAUGAAUCAACGCGACUUCUCCGCAAACAGAAUGAUCAUCAACGCCAUCGGGUCCGUCUUCCCACCGAACUCUUAUACCUGAUAAUAACUCACCUCUCAACUCUUCCCUACCCCGAAAAAACUCUCUAUGCGUGUGCACUUUCGACGCGUGAACUCUGUCUUUACACAAUUCCUUUUCUUUGGUCACAGCCUUUCAACUACGCGUCGAGAGAGAACAAUUACAAAAUCAUAGACGCGUAUCUGAGCUUUUUCACCGACGAAGAAGACUACAAUCUUGACCCAGAGGUACCCAUAGUCAAAAGGCACACUCCUUUGUUUCCCUAUGCGUCUUUUUUAAAGAGCUUGGAGUUUUCGAAUAUGAUUGCGUCGGUCAUGAGCUGGUGCCAGAAGGAGGGAGUUCGAGCGAGAUUGGACAGUUUGAGUGUGACUGAGUUGGCUGAAGGGAAUAGUGACACGGAUCGAACGGAUAAUGCUGACGAGGAUAGUCUGUUUGAUGCCAGAACCUUUCUGCGCGAAUACUAUCGCGUGCGAAGAAUCGAGGAACAAGUAACCCACGGGCUAUUGCUACACUUUAUCAAGAAUAAUGCUAAAAUCCAUACUCUCCAGAUCAUUGGACCAGAAAUGUCCUAUGGGUAUCACGUGAUGCUUAUGGAGCCAGAAAUAAUGAACUUGUUCGAGUCAUUAAAGACAAUUGAAGUAGCGAGCGAUGGUGAUGACAGCGACGAUAAUGAGAGGAGUGAAUUGAUAGAUGAAUUAAUUUUAACUUGUAAAACACGGUAA